AUGCCGCCUAGGACAUCCCUCACUUCUUCGUUCUCGAUCACCGACGCCAAUAAUGAGGUUGUGUGUCCGUUGCGCAACCAAGAUGGCUCAAGUUGUCGCAAGCGCUGCAUAGGUGAGAAGAGAUAUCGCUCUAUGCAGGAGCACAUUCGUCGAGCACACCCGGAGCACUACAUCUCCAAGCUCCCUGCCACCGAGGAGAGCUUCUUGCUUAUGAUCAAGACGCAACCAAACGAACGACCUCAAAACCAGCCAACUUCAGGCCCUUCUACGCAUGCAGGUCAGGCUAAGGGACUUUCGCAUGCUUAUCACAGAGACGGCUCGAGUGCUCCAGGGACACCUCGAAAUGGCGAGGAGCAGUAUACAGGAGCUGCACUGCUCCCUGCUGCAGCCGCCCUUGCACAGCUACACAACCACAAAAUGGAGCAAGGCUGGGAAUCAGAUAAUGACUGGCAUUCGGAUCACGAAGGGAAGAGAAGGCCGAGGUCAUCGAUUGAGUUGCCCCCAAUACACCUCACAAACGCCGAUGUGACGAGCGCACCUUACUCCGGUUAUGACUCGGGAAGACCAAGAGAAAUUUUACCUUCAAUCUUAUCAAACUCGCCCCCUGGCCGAUCAUCAACUCUUCCGCCACUGCAUCGGACAUUAGGCCCCACUCGCACUCGAAGGCAGUCGAUAUCCAAACGAGGCCACCAAAGCAAGAGAUCCAAAGGUGCUACAUCUGAAUGGCUUCGUCGGCUACAAAAUGAUAGCCAGCACGAGCUUCUGCGACCCGGAGGCAGCGACAGGAAAGCCUUAUCCGCCGAGCCUUCGGCCGAUUUUGGAAAGCGCUGGGAGGAUCUUAUCGAUGCAGCCACUUCAGCAACGGAAGACAUAGACGAGGAUAGGACACCAGUGAGUUCGCAAGGCCCUUCAAAAUUCAAUCCACAUCUGACCAGUCAGAUUCCCCGUUCACCUGUAUCGAUUCAUCGAUCAUCUUUGCCUCCUCUCCAGCAGCACCACAACUAUACAAGUUAUCAAGCAUCGCCGCUGCAGCAGGCGCUCACUCCGCCAUCGUACAAUCCUGAGGCUACGGAUGCCUUCCCAUCGGUCGAGAGUGGCGAAAGCGGAGAGAACUUCCAUAUCGGAUCCCGGGGACUGUCGGAUUCAUCUCCGAGCUACUCUUCGCAAAAUACGCAAAUUUACUGCGCUGCGUGCCGGGAAGUAUCUUUGCUUCGGGAGUCUUAUGCGUGCACCGAAUGCAUAUGCGGCUUGUGCCGGGCAUGCGUCGAUGUUCUGAUGCUUGAGCAAGGAGCCCGUCGGAAGUGUCCGAACUGCGCUACGAUAGGGGGCCGUUUCAAGCCGUUCCAACUUGAUAUUAGGUAA